UCAGUUUAGUUUUUUAUGUUCCCAUUUCGCUCCGCAUUAAUGAUGUAAAAAUGGGAAACACGGACACGCUGUAGGAGUAGUGAGUGUGUUACUACAUCCGUGAGAUACAAACCACGCAACUAAAAUGAUACGAAGGAAGUGAACGUUAAUCGUUCGUCAUAUAAUUUCAUUUUAUAAAAAGGUGUAGAUUUUCUCCGGUUGAAAAUGUGCAUAAUGAAUGCCGACUUUAGGCCUUUCUGGUGUAUCGUGGUAGUCUUAGUGACUGGAAUUAGAGCAGAUACAGUAAAAGAUCGUGUGGUCGCAUUUCUGGAGGAAUAUAACGUGCAGGCAGCGGCGGUGGCGUACGAAGCUGUGGAGGCAGAGUGGGCUUACGUGACCAACAUCACCGAGGAAAACCGUCUACGCUCCGUUAAUGUCAGUCUACGGCAGUCGCAAUUUACACAAGAAGUAGCGAAGAAGGCGAAGAGUUUUAACGUGACGUCACUUCCUACGGAAAUGCAGCGUCAGAUAUCCGUCAUGGCCAUCCAGGGAACUGACGCCAUGAAGAACGAAACCAAACUGUCACGGUUGAAGGACGUGUUGUCGGAGAUGGAGGGCAUCUACGCCAAGGGCCACGUGUGUGACCUUCCGAACUUCUCCUCGUGCGUCACUCUCGAGCCAGAUCUGACGCGGCUUUUAAGCAAGGGACGGAACUACACGGAGCUGCUGGAAGCUUGGAGGGGCUGGAGGCGCGUGCCCACGGGUGAAAUGAAGGCGCUUUACGAGGAAUUUGUCCAGCUCUCUAACGAGGCAGUUAGGGAUGACGGUCACACGGACACGGGUGAGUUCUGGCGCUCCUGGUACGAGAGUCCUACUUUCGAGGCGGACCUGGCCGCCAUAUUGGAUGAGUUGCGGCCCCUAUACGAGCAACUUCAUGCUUUCGUCCGCCGCCGCCUCGCUUCCACGUACCAUGAUCGCUACUUCCCGGCGUCUGGACAUAUACCAGCUCACUUACUAGGUAACAUGUGGUCACAGUCGUGGGUGAACAUUUACGACCUGGUGCAGCCAUUCCCUAAUAGAACAAGCGUCGAUGUCACCCCAACACUUCAACGCCUGAACUACACCGCGCGACAGAUGUUCGAGGUAGCAGAGGACUUCUUCACGUCACUGGGGCUUCGGGAGAUGCCGCCAGAGUUUUGGGAGCGCUCUAUGAUAACGCGGCCCACGGACGGCCGUGAGGUCGUCUGCCACGCAUCUGCAUGGGACUUCUCAAAAGGAAAUGACGUCAGAAUCAAGAUGUGCACGGACGUGACGAUGGACGACCUGGUCACCAUCCACCACGAGAUGGGCCACAUCCAGUACUACCUGCAGUACCAGAAGCAGCCGUACGUCUUCAGGGAAGGAGCAAAUCCGGGAUUCCAUGAGGCCAUCGGGGACGUCAUUGCGUUGUCAGUCUCCACCCCGCGUCACCUAGCAACCAUUGGCCUCCUCGACCAGGUCCACGAGGAUCCAGAGUCAGACCUGAAUUUCCUGAUGCGACAAGCGCUCGAAAAAGUGGCGUUCCUGCCGUUCGGCUACCUGAUUGACCAGUGGAGGUGGAGCGUGUUCAGCGGGGAGACCACGCCCCAGCAGUACAACCGGAAGUGGUGGGACCUCAGGUGCAAGUACCAGGGUAUCGCCCCUCCAUUAGAGCGAAAUACUGACGACUUUGACCCUGGGGCAAAAUACCACGUACCCGCCAACACACCCUACAUCAGGUACUUUGUGAGCAACGUUUUACAGAUUCAGCUUCACGCCUCUCUGUGUGAGGCUAUAGGAGACACUGGUCCCCUACAUAGAUGUGAUAUCUAUAACUCAACUCUCGCGGGAUUAAAACUUCAGCAUCUUCUUCAACAGGGAUCAUCACGGCCGUGGGCGGACAUCUUGGAAGAGACGACUGGCUUGCGGAAAUUGAGCACCGAACCAUUAAAACGAUACUUCCACCCGCUAACCGAUUGGCUUAAAAAGCAAAAUGAGGGAAAGGCGGUUGGUUGGACGGAUGCAUGCCCAGAAGUCCCAGUACAGUAUGAGGCCGAAGUCGGUUAUCGAGGCUACCCGUCGGCAGCUGACUUCUUGAAGUAUUACAACCAGGCGGGAGGGGCGAUCACCAACAAGGACGUGGUCGCUCAAUGGGCGUAUGAGAGUAACAUCACAGACAACAAUAGGCAGGCCAUGGUGAAUUCAAGCGUCGAGUAUUCCCAGUUCCGGAAGGAAAUGACAAAAGAGGCCAACCGCUUCCGGUGGCAUGAACUUGAUGACGUCAUCGCUAGACGUCAGUUCCGAAAGAUAACGGAUAUCGGCACCAGUGCAUUGGAGGACGAGCAAUUAAAGGAGCUAGCUGACGUAAAAGCGCGGAUGGCGGGCACGUAUGGAAUGGCGAAUUUGACCAUGUCGGAUGGACGGACGUUAGCCCUCGACCCAGGUUUGACACAAAUAUUGACGUCAUCGCGGAACUAUUCGGAACUGCUUGAGGCAUGGAAAGGAUGGCGUGACGUCACAGGACCAAAUAUGAGAGCAAAUUACGUCAAAUUUGUUGAAUUGAGUAACAAGGCUAUACGACAAUUAGGAUACGCGGACACGGGGGCGUACUGGCGCCAAAGAUACGAAGCGCCCACCUUCCAGGAAGACCUCCGGAAGUUACUUGCCGACCUCAAGCCGCUUUACCGCCUCUUGCACACCUACGUCCGCCGCCGACUAAUGAUAGUCUACGGCGCACAACACUUUCCCACUUCCGGUCACAUUCCUGCGCACCUGCUCGGCAACAUGUGGGCUCAGAAAUGGGAUAACAUUUACGACAUCGUAGAGCCGUUCCCGGGGGUCGAGGAAAUUGACGUCACGCCAGAAAUGUUACGUCAGAACUAUACUGUGACGCGCAUGUUCCGUGUAGCGGAAGAGUUCUUUACUUCCCUGGGUCUGGAAACAAUGCCGCCCUCCUUCUGGGAGCGCACGCUCAUGCAACAGCCCGACCACGUUACCAUGGUGUGCCACGCCUCCGCAUGGGACUUCUACGACCAACACGAUUUCCGUAUAAAGAUGUGCACGGAAGUGAACAUGGAGAACCUGUUGGUGAUCCACCACGAAAUGGGUCACGUGCAAUACUUUCUGCAGUACCGUAACCAGCCCGUCGUCUUCCGGGAGGGCGCGAACCCAGGUUUCCACGAGGCGAUCGGUGACGUCAUGGCUCUGUCCGUGUCCACGCCGCGCCAUCUUGCGACAAUCGGCCUCCUCGACAAAGCCUCGAAUACGCACGAGGGUGACAUCAACUUUCUGUUGCGGAUGGCUCUGGAGAAGGUUUCAUUCCUGCCGUUCGGUUACCUGAUUGACCAGUGGAGGUGGAGCGUAUUCAGCGGGGAGACCACGCCCCAACAGUACAACCAGAAAUGGUGGGACCUCAGGUGCGAGUACCAGGGCGUGUCUCCGCCUGUGGGGCGUGGAGAUGACGACUUUGACCCUGGGGCCAAGUACCACAUUCCCGCUAAUGUCCCUUACAUCAGGUAUUUCGUGAGUUACGUGGUCCAGUUCCAGUUCCACGAGGCGCUGUGUGACGCAGCCAACCAUUCCGGUCCCCUCCACACGUGUGACAUCUACAACUCGCAGGCUGCCGGUGACGCGCUCAUGAGUGUUUUAAAGUUGGGGUCUUCUCGACCAUGGCCGGAUGCUAUGCAGAUGAUCACCGGCCGCAGGACCAUGGACGCCGGCGCCAUCCUCGAGUACUUCCGCCCGCUAAUCACGUGGCUGGAACAGGAGACCCGAAAUGAGCGACCAGGCUGGUCAGCGGCUUGCCCACAACCAGAAGACACUACUCCACCGGAAGUCAGUACUCCACUGGAACUCACUACUCCAUCGAAGUGUUCUUUUAUUGAAAACCGGAAUGGUGCUGCUAGACAUAUAUCGUUUUUUUCUCUGAUUGUUGUCUUAUUUGGACAUUUAUGUUCAUCUUUGCUGUGAACCUCGGUGUUCAUACUAUAACGUAUAACUCCAUUAAAUUCAUUAUAAAUCUUAAUCGGAAUUAUAGAGCGUGCGUUCCGCGCGGUUUAUUUAUUUAACAGUUGUAUAAAAUAACUAUUUAGGUGGUAAUAUUGCUUAUAAAUGUUAUGCAGGUACUUUUUAUGUCUGAUUUACUGCUUGA